AUGCAGAGACCUAAGGUUGAUGAUACCUCCGCCCUCUUGAAAGCUCCAGCAACACCUGUUGUAUCUAAAGAGAUUGUGUGUCUGGGCUACCAUCAAAAUACAUAUGAAAGAUCGUAUGCCUCUGUUGUAUGCAAUAAAGAACGGUCAUCGAUUCCUGUGGUAACUGAGGUGGGACAGGACUAUCACUAUGAACCUGCUGUAUCUCCAGCGUAUACUGUGCAGUCUCCUGAAGAGGAAUCCGGGGAAAAAUCAUCUAUCAAGACGGUGGAUAAUAAUGAUGAAGAGCUGGAGGAUGGGAGGAGAUCUAUGAGGAACCAACAACAGAAGAUGGAGAAAGUCAUGGAUCAAGCUGCUGCUCUAUCCAAGAAAAGGAAUCUAGAAGGCCUUUACAAAGCUGAGGAUGCAGAGAAGAUUAGAGGAGGUGCGAAGAAGUUGAUCACCAUGGCGGCAGAAUUGGCAAGGAAGAAGCAGGAGACCCCGGAGCCAGGACUGCUGAUGAUUGAAGAUCGUGAUCGUCGGACUGCUCAAAUCUGAAGAGCUGGAAGUCUAGUUGCUGAUGCCUGUUAACCUUUUGGUUUCGAAGGAUGUACUAUGUGAUAAACACCUUUUUUAGUCUUAGUGUUGAUAGGUUUUUGCCCCGUAGUAGAUGUCUCGAUGCCGAGGCAUCUGUCAGCGGGUUUCCUAUCGAUGCAAGGGCGCUCUUUCUUUCCUGUUUCCUUUUGAUGUGUUUUGGAAGUAAUUCUUGAACAAUGUAUAUUUCCGUUAUGUUAAGUAAUGGAAAGGGGAGUAGCCCGAAUUGAAAAAAAACUGAAAGAUGUAGUACAGAUGUACCUUGUAUGACAUGUUCUCUGAUUCUUAUUCA